AUGGCCACUCUCACCAUGACUCCCACACGCCAGCCUUUGGGCUGUUUGGACUCGCCCAUGCGUCCGAUGAUGCGUUCGAAGCUUAAUCGCCAGAACCAGCAAAAUGGUGCCAUGGCUAUGAAGAGCUCUAUGAGCCCAAUGAAGACCUCUAUCUUCAUUGAUACCGAUUCCGAGAAUAUCAACCCCGCUAGCCUGUCAACUAAGCGCAAGCGUACCCUCGAUGACGACGAGAACGCCAAAAGUACCUCUAAGCCCAAAUCAUCCCGCAUGGCUCUUUCCACCCGCAGCACCAACAACUCCCCUCGGCUGUCCACUCCCUUGAAGAUCUCCUCCACGGCAACUCCCAAAUCUGCUCCAAUUCUCAAGCCCGCCGGUCGCUCUCCACUCAAGUCCAGCAAGUCCGCGACGCGUCGUUCCAUCAUUGCCAAGCCCCGCUCAGAGCUAUGCAACAAGCGCAGCGUCGCUCGUCCCUUCUCCCUGGCUGCCGCUCUUGCCAAAUCUAAAGCUCCCAACCCCGCGCCCAAGGCUCCGGCCUCGUGGUGCUUCGAUAUUCACGUCGACACCGAACAGGAAGAGAUGACCAACCUUAUGCAGCACUCUACCACGGUUUUGGAUAUCAGUGACGACGAGGGCAAGACUGACGCCUGUAGCCGGGGAAAGGAGAACAUCUCUCCUCAGGAACUGGGCAUUGAAAUUCCCCAAUCAUCGUCUGCUACUGUCGCUGCCGCUGCUCGCAAGGCACCCAAACUGGAUGAGCCCCGUUCUCCUCUUGGUGAGCUCAAUGCCGCCGACUAUUAUGCCGAGGAUUGCAAUGCGUUUUCAUACGUGGUUGUAUACGACAAUGAAGAGAACUCACCUGAGGUCAAGAAGGCUCCUUCGCCUCUGUCCCAGAGCCACCAGGCUCUGAUCGACAAUUCCAUUGCUUCUGUUCUGGAGGCCGUUGCUCCUCUCGCUGCUGAGACCCAUGACCAAGAGAAUGCGGGUGGAAGCCACAAGCCUGCUGUUUGA